AUGGAUCAAGGGCAAGACGAGCAGGGACGCCCGUUAGCGUCGUCGACAACUUCGACCACUACCACGUCUGGUCCCCAUACUACCACCACAACAACCUCGACCAUACCUGGACAGGGCACCACCGUGCAACAUUUCGGGCCACAGUCGACCACCAUCACACACCCUACCAUCACCACGACGGCCCGCGCACCCUCCGCUCAACCCUCCAUGUCCGACCUAUACGCGCCUCCAUCAGAUCCUGCCCAGCGCGUACGAAGUUCGUCAAUUCGCAUACGAAGACCUUCACACCAGCCGAGCCUGGACAAUCCUCAACCUACACCCGAUCCAGUUCCAGCGCCAGCGCCAGCGCCCAUGCCAGAAUCCGACAGCACAUGGCAAGCCGGUCGAAGACGAAGCAGCUCUGAACCGCGCCCACCCCCACAAGCCAUGUUCGCCGACGAUAGUCUAAGGCGUCAAUUAACAGGACCACACCUGCAGCCUCUGUAUGAGGAUGGCGCAAACCCCACUACCGGCAGCAAUCCCCCGCCCUCUCGAGGUCCCACCAAUGCACGAAGAGGAAUAACUCGCCAAUCCUCCGCAUUUCAUAUGAGGCGGAACCAGAAAGCCCCAAACCAAAAUAUGAUGGGCCAUAACGUUGUCGAUGUGCUUGAUGUCAUCGAUCCUGAGGUGUCUGCCCUUACUACACUGAAUAACGUUCAGAACUCGCUCUUCUUACCCAACUUACCCUGGCUCUACAACCGCCAGCCUACAUACGAUCUCGGACAGACUACAUCAGACUCCUCGGAUGAAGAGAUGGGUACGGCCAGGGGUGCCAGACGCGAGGAAGAUCAACUCCCCGAGAUGACACAACAAGGCGAAGUAGAACAAGCUGCGCGUGGAGGCCGCGGAGAAUUGCGGAGAAAUAACACAAUCGACUCAAAUCUUUCGACUCUGGAAGAGGGCGUGGAUCAUCACUACGCCGUGCUGCCACACGGUGCUUCGUUGACAGGCUGGACCGACGAAGAGAAGGCAGCUUUGGACGAUCACGUUCGACAUCUUCUUCACUCCCGGCGCGCAAAAUUCAAGCGGACUAUGAAGGGCUUCGGACGUUAUGUCCGCAACCCCCUCGGCUUUCUCGUCACUCUCUACUUCUUCCUCAUCACCUUCUGGGGAGCCGCAUGGGUGCUCUUCCUUAUCGGUUGGAUCUACGUCGGCGAUCGACAGGCGUACUUUGUCGAGAUCGCUGAUCAGGUCCUCACUGCCUUGUUCUGUGUUGUUGGAAUUACCAUGUUCCCUUUCCGCAUCGUCGACACCUACCACAUGAUUUUCGUCGCCAAAUACGCGCACAAAACCUGGCGGGUACGCAAAGAACGGGGCCUACAACAGCUAAAGGACCACAACGAACUACCAGCCAUGCCCCGAUCAAACGCGUGGGAAGCAAAUGAAGCAGAACAAGAAGGCAUAGAGACCCCCGUCCUCACCGCUGAAGAGCAAAAGAGACUUGAAUACCAUCAAGGCAAGCUCGAGAAGUCCCAUACCUUCUACCGUCCCCACGAAACAUACACACACCACGCCUUUUCUAUCCGCCUCCUCAUUACCAUCAUCGUCCUCCUCGACUGUCACUCCAUGUUCCAAUGCGCACUCGGUGGCACGACCUGGGGAAUCUACUACAAAAAUCGCCCCAAGGAACUCACCGCCAUUAUCCUGAGUUUCAGUCUUACAUGCAACAUCACCGCCGGCAUCAUCAUCGGCCGCGGCGAUAGACGCUCGCGCAAGAAGCUCGUUGUAGAGCAAAUUCUCCGUCAAGAAAUGACAGAAGAAGCACUCAAGAAACUUCGCAAGGAACGUGGUAUCAAGGCCAAGGGACUCAUGACGAAGAAGCAAAAGAAACAGGUGAAGAAGGAGUUGGUUGGCGAACCCAAGAAUCCGUUGGAUACGAUUUUGCAUCGCGGGUAA